AUGGUUGAGCGGCAUUGGAACACGGAUACGAAAGUGAUGGAUCGGGUUUGCGAGGCCCAAAAGAGGCCGCAUUCCGUCAAAGAUUUCGAUGCUGCAGAAUGCGGCCCCCGAUUCAUGCCCGGUCGGCCUUGUCGGCCCCGUCUCUGUUCAAUCAAACCCUCAACAACGACGGCAAAAGUGGAGAGGCUCUCUUUCACAUGGAAAAAGAGCACACAGUCAUCAGUCAGAGCAAGGUAG